GAUUGCAGCAGAAUCGGCUCCUGCCCAAUGGCUCAGACUGCUGAGUGAAAGGCGCGCUCGUGGGUUUGCUCCCCUCCCUCCUUCCCUGCUGAUCUCGCCUCGCGUAAUUGAAGUAGAGAGCGGAGGGCGCAGUAGACGCCUUCAGACAUGGCGGGGACCGAAGGCAUCGCAGCAGAAGCAGUUUCAACAUCUGCCUAUGCAUCUCCAGCAAGAAGUUUAGGAGAUCCAGGAAUCACACCGUUGUCUCCUUCCCACAUUGCGAAGGACUCGGAUGCAAACGAUGCCGAGGAGCAGACAUUUCUUGUUGUGGUGGCUGUUGACUUUGGCACAACUUCCAGUGGUUACGCUUACAGCUUCACCAAGGAACCCGAAUGUAUUCAUGUAAUGAGGCGAUGGGAAGGAGGAGAUCCUGGUGUGUCCAACCAGAAGACGCCAACAACUAUUCUCUUGACCCCAGAACGAAAGUUCCACAGUUUUGGUUAUGCGGCUAGAGAUUUCUAUCAUGACCUAGAUCCUAAUGAAUCAAAACACUGGCUAUACUUUGAAAAAUUUAAGAUGAAGCUCCACACAACCAGUAACCUCACUCUGGAAACUGACUUGUCAGCAGCAAAUGGCAAGAAAGUGAAGGCCCUUGAAAUAUUUGCAUAUGCCCUGCAGUACUUUAAGGAACAAGCAUUAAAGGAACUGAGUGAUCAAGCUGGGUCAGAGUUUGAAAAUUCUGAUGUGCGAUGGGUCAUCACGGUGCCUGCUAUCUGGAAGCAGCCUGCAAAGCAGUUUAUGAGGGAAGCUGCCUACAAGGCAGGCAUGGCCUCCCCAGAGAUUCCUGAACAAUUGAUUAUUGCCUUGGAACCAGAAGCUGCAUCAAUUUAUUGCAGGAAGCUCCGCCUUCAUCAGAUGAUAGACCUAAGCAGUAGAGCACCUGUCAAUGGCUACACUCCCAGUGAACCUAUUGCCUCAGGUUUUACACCAGCAAAAGAACAUAUUCGACGAAAUCGACAGAGCCGCACAUUUUUGGUUGAAAACGUCAUAGGAGAAAUCUGGUCCGAAUUGGAGGAAGGUGACCGUUACAUAGUUGUGGAUGGGGGAGGAGGAACAGUGGAUGUGACUGUGCACCAGAUCAGGUUACCGGAAGGACAUUUGAAGGAACUAUACAAGGCAACUGGAGGUCCAUAUGGCUCUUUAGGUGUAGACUAUGAAUUUGAAAAACUUCUGUGCAAAAUAUUUGGUGAAGAUUUUAUUGAACAAUUUAAAAUCAAGCGUCCUGCUGCCUGGGUUGAUCUGAUGAUAGCGUUUGAAUCUCGCAAGAGAGCAGCAGCUCCAGAUCGGACAAAUCCACUGAAUAUCACCCUGCCUUUUUCUUUCAUUGACUACUACAAGAAGUUUCGAGGUCACAGUGUAGAACAUGCCUUAAGGAAAAGCAAUGUGGAUUUUGUGAAGUGGUCCUCCCAAGGUAUGCUGAGGAUGAGUCCUGAUGCAAUGAAUGCCCUCUUCAAACCUACAAUUGACCAAAUUAUACAACAUCUCAGUGAGAUUUUUGAAAAACCUGAACUGACAAAUGUAAAGUUCCUAUUCCUUGUGGGUGGAUUUGCCGAAGCCCCACUUCUACAACAAGCUGUCCAGAAUGCUUUUGGCUCAAAAUGCCGAAUCAUCAUCCCACAGGAUGUGGGGCUCACCAUCCUGAAAGGAGCCGUCCUCUUUGGUCUGGAUCCUGCUGUCAUUAAAGUGCGUCGUUCCCCCCUGACCUAUGGGGUGGGAGUCCUGAAUCGCUACGUGGAAGGGAAGCACCCUACUGAAAAGUUGCUAGUUAAAGAUGGCACCCGUUGGUGCACUGACGUCUUCGACAAGUUUAUCUCGGCUGACCAGUCUGUGGCGCUUGGGGAGACCGUGUCCCGCAGCUAUACCCCUGCCAAGCCUUCUCAGCUGGUCAUUGUGAUCAACAUCUACAGCUCGGAACACGAUAAUGUGAAUUUCAUCACUGAACCUGGAGUGAGGAAGUGUGGCACACUGCGCUUGGAUCUGACAGGAAGUGACAAAUCCGUGCCAGGCCGGAGGGAAAUUAAAACGCUAAUGCAGUUUGGAGACACUGAGAUUAAAGCCAUGGCAAUUGACAUUGCCACUUCUAAAAGUGUAAAAGCUGGCAUUGAUUUCCUAAACUACUGAUAUAUUUUUUUCUUUUCUUUUCCAUGACCCUUACCCCCUAUUGUUUCAGUGUUCUGUUCACUGGCUGCCAAAAACAUCCUGCAUUUUGGCUAGAUAGAUAAAGCAUAGACAAAGAAAGUAUCAGGAUUUUUGAUUAUUAUUUUUUGCUCUUGAAAUUACCUAUUCGGAAUCUGAACAUAGAGUUAUCAGGUGCUACACAGUAAAGUGAACAACCCAAAUAUGUAAUGAAAAUUUAGCGCUGAAAUAUUACUGCUCUAUUUAUUUGGGAGACACGUUGCUUUACUUGAUGUCUUUCAUAUGUUCUGAAUUCUAGGGCCUAAUAAUCAAAUCUGUUAUUUCUACAUUUAGGGUACCAAUUAAUGUACCUUUUUUUUUUUUAAGCACUAAAAAGUGAAAUUUAUAACCAUGACUUGUGGUUAACAGUUUCACAGUUUCAUAUUUCACAGUAGAAAUAUCUUUUCAACAAAUUUUAAAAGAUAACCUCUCUUAUUUAUAUGAUGGAGUAAGAAUACUGGAAUUUAAGCAUGUAAAAAUGCAAAUGAACAGCUGCUGCAAAACAGGUUUAGAAAUUGGGUCUUUGUAGCACAAAACUGUUACUUCUUUAUAGGAUCAAAUGAGGUGUUAGUUUGGUGGGGGUUUGCUUCUGUUCAAUGAAGUUUUAAGUUAGUAAACCUGUUAGAGCUGUAAUCUUACUAAAGAAAUGAUCCAGUAGUAACAUUUGUGGGAAAUGCUGAAGCAAGAAGUAUACUUGCUUUCUAGAUAAUGCCAACACACAUUAGAACAUUAUCUUAGGAAAGGAAUUCCGCCCCCCUGUGGAGAGAAGUAACAUUGCACCUGAAUGAUUGGCCAUUUAUAGUUUUAAAAGAAUUCAAUUACAAUGUUGUGUCCAAUUAAUUAACACCAACUUUAGUUUUGUAGCACUGAUGCUUGGCAUUUCCCUCUUUUUCAAUAUUGAAUAGAAAUGCUUCCCAAAGAUUAAACCAAUUCUAUAAAUGAGAAAGUGUCCCCACUUCCCAUUUUACUGUUGGCAACCUCUGGCUUUAUUUAUCUAUACCUCUCGUCAGCCAGUUCUUGUACAAAACAAAGGGGGUGUGGUAGCAAUAGUUAACCAGAGAUCAUCUCUAUCAGGUUGUAGAGUGAAAGGAUCCAUUUUCAUUCUUUCUCAGCCAUGCCAAACAAAGGAAAAAUUUCCUGUGUUGAUCCUAGAGAGUCGUAUCUCAUAAAAGGAAAGUCAUAACAUUUUCCUGGGGCCAGCUUAUUUAUUUGAUAAAAUAAUUUAUAUAAAUAUAACUCUAUAGAAGUUACUCAACAUUUCGUUAAGGAAAAAAAUAUAUUAAAUUCACAACUAGGUACAGUGUCAGCUAUUUACCAAUCCCUGCAGAAUCAGAUGCUCUCCCUACAUCUUCCCUUUGGAAUAACUUCAUAAACCAGGGGUGUCAAACCUGCUCGCAUUGCAGGCUGUAUCAUGGCAUAUCACAAUGUUUUUGCCUUUGUGGAGCCAGGUUGGGUGUGACCUGCACAAGCUAUAUCUGACCCGUGGGCCGCCAGUUUGACAGGCCUGACAUAAACGGAUGUUCAAGAAUUUGAAUGUUCCUUGAAGGAAAUGUACUGCCUUCAAUUUAGCUCCUUGUGAGCUGCUUCCGUUCUGUGACCACUAGCCUGACUUUAGCAAUAGACUCCAGGAAACGUAACUUCUUGGCAGAGAAAAAGAAAACCCUGCAAAGAAGUAGUUGAGCAGUGUUAUUUCUGACCAGAAGAGGGAGUACAGACAUUAUUUCUGAGAUCACUUAAAUGGCUUCCAAGGGACACAACAAUACUUUACAUUCAACCUGAGUGAAGCUUUAACUGACUUGCGUCCAAGAAGGGAGAAUGAAACAUCAAUCUUCACAAAGAAACUGACUAAAACUCUAGUGCCGUCUUGUCCAAACUGGUGUCAUCCAGUAGUGUUGACCUGUAAAUCCCAGAAUUCCCAGGCAAGAUAAUCAACAGCCAUGUUGUAUAGGAUUUCUGGAAGCUACAAUGUCAAAACUCCCUGAAAGCAUUACAUUGUGGAAGAUCCCUAGCAACAGGGGGCUGCCUCUGCUCAGUCUGUCUAAAAUUGCCUAUGCCAUGGACAAAUCUCUGAUGUGACUACAGGGGAUUUGAUGAAAAUACACUGCCAGCUUAGUGUGUCUUUCUAGGCUAACAACUUACAGUAUGAAAGCUGCUUCCAGUUGAGCACUACAAUUCAGAGCUUGAUAGGUAGCUAAUUCCAACAUGUUGGAUUUGAGGCCAAAUUCAUGACAGCAGAAGGGUCUAUUUUGUCAGCUGGAAGGUGACACUCCCCACCCCCCCAACACUGAGAAAACACAUUGUCAUCCAUUGAAAUCCAUUAUGCUUUCAAGAUGUCUGAAAGCUAAAUUGUUUAGCCGGAUCUUUUUUCCUAUUAGCUAUGCAUGAACGAAAAGCCAUAGAAUCAUUUUUUCCGCUCUCAAAAUCUCAGAUUUCUCAUUAAACACAUAAUUUAGGGACAAACUUUGCAUCCUGCCAACAUUUUGAUUUUCUAGGAAGAAUUAUAUCCUAUAAAUAUUUCCUGAUAGGAUGAGAAUAAGCUUUGAUUUACCAUCAGAGGAAUAGAUUGGGUCAUUCGAAUUACAACAUCUAAACUUGUUCCUCCAAUAAUUAUUCCCCUGGAAUAAUUAUAAAGUAUGCAUGCUGGCAUUUCUUCUUUCAUCCUGACUGCUGUGUUUUUAAAAGGCAUUUCCCCCUCCCCCCUGUAUGAGUGAGUGAAUGCGUUUCUGUAGCUUUCAAAUAAGCAACUCCGUGGAAUGAGUUCCUCCGUGGAACAAGAAUUAUUUGAUGUAUAUACAAUAUUUAAAUAUUGUACAGAUGUUUUCUUUCUGAAAGUGGUAUUUUCUUGUACAGAAUGAUCUUUAUCCCUGUUGAUUUGCAUCAGUGUUUAAUUUUAAAUAAUAUAGUUUCUUCCGUGACUUCAGUAAUUACAGGCUUUUAAAGAUGACAAGAGAUGUAAUGCACAAGAUGAUCUUAUAAUAAGGGGAGGGGAGUGUCAGGAUGUCAGACAGUACCACAUUAUUCUCCGUGCUACGCAAAUAAUAGCUUACAGACACAGUGCUGGAUUUUUCAUUAUUUUUGCUUUAACAGGUACAGGCUGCCUUAAUGCUAUGCAUCUGUGCUCUGCUUUGGAUGAUACCUGCUCUAUAUAGAAAGUAGAUGAUCAGUUACCACAUUUUCACACCAAAUGAACUCCAAUUUCAAGGCAUACAUUUUGUUUUAAUUAUGUCUCUUCUGCCAGACAAAAACUGAACCACAAUGAAGAAUCAGAAAGGGCCCCCAGCAAUGGCAGAUGAGUUGAAGUUAGUACAGGCCCAUACCAUCCUCUAAUUACAGAACCUAUAUCAAGCUAAGCCGGGAAUCCGCUCAAUAUAAAAUCACAUGUUGGAUUCUUUAAUGCCUGGAUAAGCCUUGAAUGAGUGUUUCUCAAUCAUGGCAAGUUUACAGUAGGUGGGCUUCCGUCACCCAGAAUUCCCCAGGUAGCAAGGAUGGGAAUUGAAGUGCAUCUGUCAUAAACUUUCCAAGGCUGAGAAAUACUGCAAUAGACCAAAGGUAUUUUUUCUGUAUUACAAAAUCUAUAUCCCAAAUUGUGGAAACACAAUUGUUGACCGAGUCACACAAUCUCACUGUAAGACUACAAUUCAUUUUCCCCCCUACUCCCAUGACUACUUGCUACAUCAUCAUAACCUCAAUAGAAUGCUGGUUUAUGACUUAAAAUUAACAUAAGGACAGAAAUGAUUAAAAAGUGCCACACGUGCUUGCUGUUCAUUACUGUGGCUUUAAAAGUCAUAUGAACUUCCAUGAGUGAUUCUUUGAAGCUGUAAACCCCCUUCCCCCCAAAGCAGAAGCUGAAAAGGUCAGACUACUUUAAGCAGUAGCAAAAAAUGGCACUGGCAGGAGGUGUGAAACAUUUAUUUCCUUUUCAAAGUUCAGGACCCUCUUACAUAAUGGAGAUAUAAAUUUUAACCCAAUACUGCACUUCAGAAAUAAGCCCCCAACCCAGCAGUGUUUACUCCUGGGGAAAUGGUUUUAGAACUACAGUGCUUAUGACUUAUAUCAGAAAAACUGCAACUACAGUAAAUUCUAUCAGCCUACUUCAGAGCAGGUUUGUUGCAGGAAGGAAAACAUCAGGAAUGUCUAAGCUAUCAGCACUUUUUUCCUCAAACUGUUGAAUUGUCAGCUUGUAUGAGGAAGAAAUUUCAGUUACUUUAGAUCCUUUAUAAUACUCUUGCUUAGUCUUUUCUUUCUUUGCACAAAUGCCGUCUUGUUCUGACUUUAAGGAAGGCUGAUUAGAAUCACUUCCCAAUCUGAAUUGCUUUUCAAAGCCAUAGGUUAAUCAAUCCACUUUUAACAAAUUCAUUUCCUCUUUUUACAUAGCAAACCAAUUUUAAAAUGGAUUCCUGCCGCAUCAACAACACCCCCCUUUCCAGCAUAUUUUUAUUGAAGUAUCCUCAUUUGAUUUGAGAUUACUUUUCGAUGAGUUAUAUUUCUGGUACAGAAAGGCUUGAUAGGAGCAAGGUUUGUUUUUGUUAUAAACUUCUUUUCCCUAAACAAAAAUGCAUGCAUAGCAAGCAUCUGUAUUCCUCUGUCUUCAUGAAUCAAAAUAUCAACAAAUUAGCUACUAUUCCAGCUCUAAAGUACUAUAUUCCUGCAUUAUUGAGAAGCCACAUACUUGAGAUGCAAGGUGUUAAUGUGUCGCUAGCGGGAGGGCAGAGGUCCUUUAAUUUCUGCAUAAAGAUUUGUUCCUUUUUAAAAAAUGGAUUACAAUAAUCUUAAAGUUAACCAGUUGUUUAGCAGUGCAGAGCUUACAUGAAAAUAUUGCCUUUGGAUGGAGAGACAUAUAAGAUUCUGAACUGAUUAAUGCCUCAAUGUGCUUUGUUUCAUAUGCCUGCAGCCAAUGAAGGGAGAUAACUCGUGGAGGGCUGCUAUGCUUGCAAAAUAUAUAGUAUAGCCAACAAACCACUUCAGCUAUAAUCCUGCCAACAGAAGUACAAAUAUAUUGGCUGAUUUGCUCUAUUGGGGCUUGUGCUACUUUUAGUUAUAUAUAUAAAGCUUUUGACAGUUUUUAGAAUAUAUAUACACAUUGAAACACAUACAAAUACAGAAUGCCACUGAUAUAAGAUUCAGGUUUUUGGAAAAUAAUUUUCCUUCCUGCUGUCACCUCUGCCCUAAACUGAGCAUAAUUUUGCUGGAUGUUCUCUCUGCCACUCAGGUUCCACCCUCCCCUUCCUAAAAUAAUAGUGGAAAUAGGAUAGAUGUUUAAUGGAACAGUUUAGAAAUAGUAAUGCUGUGACAACUUCAGGCUUUAUUAUGAAGCACUAGGUGACACUUAAAAUAAAUGGUAAAUAAAUGCUUAUUUAUAGAUAGAAUUUAUCCUGUCUUAAGUUGGUAGAAACCAUCAAAAUGCAAGUAGGAAAUUGAAGUUUCCACAAAUUAUAAGCUGUAUCUACCAUCUGCUGCAGUAGCGAGUUUCAAUUUUGUUCGCUACCUGUUUGCUUGUGGAUGCACGCGCAAAGCUUCUGCGCAUGCGCAGAGACGUCUGGGCAGGUGGGUGGUUAGCCAAUAGAAGAUGUUGACUGUGUGAAAAGACACAGGUUCAAGUCCACUCUCAGCCACAGAAAUACGUUGGGUAACUGGGCCAAAUACUUUCUCACAGUCCAGCUGAUCUCAUGGAGUUGUUGUCAGGAGGGAGAAAAAUGGAGUCUCAAGUGCACCACUUUGAAUUCCUGGAGAAAAGGCAGGAUAUAAGAAGAAACAGAUAAAUGAAGUUAUUUAGUAAAAUAAUAAUGUAAAAAUGUUGUAAAAGGAAAGCUUGUUCUACUGAUAAACUCUUCACCCUGAGCAGCAACAUUUCUCUGCUUUCAGUAGAAGUUUCUGUUAGGGCAAAAUCUUAAGAAAUCUGGAAACUAGAAAACUUGUCAAUCAAAUCAGGGCUUGCUAAAAGAGAUCUCAGCUACUUGGAUAAGCAAAUAUAUCAGUAUGUUACAAGAUCUACUUUUCAAACAAGGGUUGUGUAAUUAUUAUGGCAAAUUGCAAUAUUUAUGGGGAAAAAAUCCAGGGUACUUUUGUAUAGGUUGUAGAGCAUAAAGCCAAUGUAUACAUUCUAUGCUUGGAUAGCUUCUAAAAGUUUAUAAAAACAAUCUGGUCCGUGUGAUUUCAUUGACUGCCUUCCUUGUUCCAGAUUCUUAAACACCACUAAAUUCUGAAGAUUACAGUUUGUUACAUUUACAUCUGA